CCGAGCCGAGGCAGCUCUUCAUUCUCCGACUGGUGGCCAAAGAACAUGGCUCCCUCACUUCUAGCGACGGCUGGAGGACUUCUGUUACUUUUCUCCUUCUCAUCUGCACAAACCAGAGGAGACAAUACUGUAACAACAUGCACCACAAACGACGGCUUCGGAAUGUACUGUCCUACAACAUGCGGAGUGGCUGAUUACUUUCUGAACUAUUCGCCAACGGUGCGCAACGAAUUGUACGAUAUGGAAGAUACACUGGAAACAAUUGCCAAUUUGACCCAAGGAGCAGAAGAAACGGUUGUCUACAUGAAAGAUUCAACAACUUCAGCUCAGAAGUCUUCCCAGCCAGACUCAUACUACAAAAAGUCAUCGAGUAUGCUGGAUGAUGUUCUUCGAUUUGAAAAGACCAUCAUCGCGCAGGAACAGCAAAUAUUCGAACUUCAGAAUUUAAUCACAUCCAACGAGAGGAGAAUGGCCGACUUGAAGACACUCUCCCUUCAGCUGCAGCAGAAGUGCAGCGAGCCCUGCAAAGACUCUGUUGAGAUCCAGCCCCUCACAGGAUCAGACUGCCAGGACGUUGCAAACAAAGGCGCGACCACCAGCGGUCUUUAUUAUGUGAAACCAGCCAAAGCCACCGAGCAGUUCCUGGUCUACUGUGAGAUCGACAGCUUCGGACGUGGCUUCACAGUGAUCCAGAGGAGACGCGAUGGCAGUGUGGACUUCAACAAGGACUGGAACCAGUACAAGAACGGCUUCGGUUAUCUCUCCCCAGACGACACCACAGAGUUCUGGCUCGGUAACGAGAAGAUCCACCUCCUGACCACAGCGACAACAACCAUCCCCACCGUGCUGAGGAUAGAGCUGGUUGACUGGGACGGCACCAAGAAGUAUGCUGACUACACCAUGUUCAGAGUGGGGCCGGAAGUCGACAUGUACCGCCUGACGUACGGCUACUACUUCGGAGGAGACGCCGGAGAUGCUUUCGAUGGCUACGACUUCGGUGAUGAUCCCAGCGACAAGUUCUACACGUCUCACAACGGCAUGCAGUUCAGCACCCACGACAAGGACAACGACAAGUACGACGGCAACUGUGCUCAGCAGGACGGCUCCGGCUGGUGGAUGAACAGGUGUCACGCUGCACAUCUGAACGGCAAAUACUACCAGGGUGGCAAGUACACAGAAAAGGAUGCAGGUGAAUUCGGCUACGACAACGGCAUUAUUUGGGUCACAUGGCACACCCGCUGGUACUCCCUGAAGGAGACCACCAUGAAGAUCAUUCCCCUCACCCGCCUCGCAACCGGCGGACAGCAGUCCGGGGUGAAAGAGUUUGGAGGACUUGGGGUCUAAAAAGUAGAGUAAUGAGCUUGAGGUCUGUUUAGUGGCUGCAGUUAAGGUGUUCAGCACUGACACUGCCUUAAAUUAAAUAACAUUUUGCCUUCAUGGAAAAUUUCUGACUUUAUGAUGUGUCUUGGUGUGAUGCUAAUCCGACGCAGCAGGACACUGAUGCUCACAUUUUCCCCUUUUCCCCUUCAGCUUGUUUUGAAAUAAAUGUCUUUUCUUAACCACAUAUGGUCAUUACUUCACUAGCCCGUUUUAGUUUGGACAAAGUUGCUGCCAGCUUAGAAAACAAGCUUGUAAAGUCCAGAUGGCAAGCAGCUGUUUUUGUAAAACAAUGAAAAAAAACAAAAAGUAAUUAUCAAGAAUGCUUGAAGAGAAUAUGUGUCUGAGCUAACUCUGCAAAACCUUCAAUAUUUUGUCAAAAUGCACCGAGUGACACCUGUUUGUAAACAAUACAACCACCCUGAAAUAAAAACCAUCCUUAAUGCAAA